GAUACUAGAAGCCCUUCGAGUCAGAAAAAUCUAGACCCGGACUCGUAACUUAACUCGCCACUCUAAGUCCUUCGUCAUAAAAUCGAAGAAACCAAAACACCGCGCCGCAGUCACAGUCUCAAACAAAAUGGAGCCAUCGAAGCUGAAAGAACUGAAGCAUUUCAUAGAACAGUGCAAGUCCAAUCCUUCCACUCUCUCAGAUCCUUCACUUUUGUUUUUCCGCGACUACCUCGAAAGUCUCGGCGCUAAUCUUCCUGAUUCUGCUUAUUCCAAAUCGAAAUCUGUAGAGAGCGAUGAUGAUAUUGAUGAUGUUGAGGAAGAGGCAGUGAAGGUGGAGGAAGUAGAGGAAGAUGAAAUUAUUGAAUCGGAUGUUGAGUUAGAUGGUGAAACAGUGGAGCCUGAUGAUGAUCCCGCACAAAAGAUGGGAGAUUCUUCUGUUGAGGUUACCGAAGAGAAUCGCGAGGCUUCGCAGUUAGCGAAAGCUAAAGCAAUGGAAGCUAUUUCAGAAGGUAAGUUGGAGGAGGCAAUUGAGAACUUGACAGAGGCAAUUAUACUCAAUCCUACCUCUGCCAUAAUGUAUGCAAACCGAGCCAGUGUUUACAUCAAAAUGAAGAAACCUAAUGCAGCAAUCCGCGAUGCAAAUGCGGCUUUGGAGAUUAAUCCUGAUUCUGCUAAAGGAUACAAGUCUCGUGGUAUAGCUCGAUCAAUGCUAGGUCAGUGGCAAGAAGCUGCAAAGGAUCUCCAUGUGGCCUCAAAUAUAGACUAUGAUGAAGAAAUAAGUGCAGUGCUUAAGAAGGUUGAGCCAAACGCCCACAAGAUUGAGGAACACCGUAGGAAGUAUGAUAGGUUGCGCAAGGAAAGAGAAGAUAAAAAAGCUGAGCGUGAGAGGCUACGUCGCCGUGCUGAAGCUCAGGCUGCGUAUGAUAAGGCUAAAAAGCAAGAACAAUCAUCUUCCAGUAGAAAUUCUGGAGGCAUGCCUGGUGGUUUUCCUGGAGGCUUUCCAGGUGGGUUUCCUGGGGGCAUGCCAGGCGGGUUUCCCGGUGGCAUGCCAGGUGGCUUCCCUGGAGCUGGGGCUGGAGGCAUGCCAGGUGGUUUCCCUGGAGCUGGAGGUAUGCCAGGUGGUUUCCCCGGUGCUGGAGCUGGGGCUGGAGGCAUGCCAGGUGGUUUCCCUGGCGCUGGCGCUGGAGCUGGAGCUGGGGCUGGAGGCAUGCCAGGUGGAUUCCCUGGAGCUGGGGGCAUGCCAGGAGGGGUGCCUGGAAAUGUUGAUUUUAGCAAAAUCUUGAAUGACCCAGAUCUGAUGACGGCAUUUAGCGAUCCAGAGGUCAUGGCUGCUCUUCAAGAUGUCAUGAAGAACCCUGCUAAUUUGGCCAAGCAUCAAGCAAAUCCUAAGGUGGCCCCUGUAAUUGCAAAAAUGAUGAGCAAAUUUGGAGGUGCCCAGUGAACAAUUUACAUGUUUGAGAUUUUAGCUUUUUAGGCCUCUGCCUUUGAGUAUUUAAUAUUUAAUGUUAAUUAUGUUACAAUUUUUAUGUACUAUUGAUUGAUAUAUCACCAAACCUUUUUACUGUAUGGAAAGCCUGUUUUGUA